AUGAUUGAAAAUUUGUCACAGACUACUAGCUCUAUGAGGAGACUCAAGUUACUCGGAGAAAUAAAUGGAUUAUUCCAAGAAAGAUCAAAACUGAAGUUUCAAUGGGUCGACCAUAUCAAAUCAACUGAUAAACCAGUAAAAGGAAGAAAAUUUCUCAAGUUGCAACAGCAUACAGACAAACGCAGUGUACAGCAACCCAUACGAGAUGGAGUAAAAACCGCAAAAAUAGGGCCGAUUCCAGAUAUAUCAUGGAAAUUGGGAGGAGCAAAAAUACAAUUACAACCUACCAACAACAUUGCGAUUCAUGUUACACCGCCGCCGGACGACGAAGAUGACGACGAAUUCGUGCCGCCGCUGCGUGUACGCAGAAAACUCAGCACCCCUCUCAGCGCGCUGUCGGGCGCAAGUGACAGACUUAUUAAUAUAUCACAAGCGCGUACGACUCAAUCUCAUUCACUCUCGCCUCUGGACCGCACCAAGCGUCGAUUUAGUACCAUGGUGUCAAGCGCGGCAGCAGCGGCGGUGUCUCGAAGACUCUCCGCAACCAUAGGCUGGUGUCUCGCCACCCACACACAAGUAAAGCCUCAGAUCGUGAGGCAAGGUCGUGCCUUAUGUCUCCAAUACAUAAAAACACAAAUCCGAAGAUCUUCAGUUUGCCAGAAAAAGAUAAUAGUGAUGAAACGAAUAGAAGGGAUGCUGGAGACGGAAUGUGGGGAAGAAGCACAGACUAAUAUUGAGACGGGUGUGCUAUCAGCGCUUCGAGCGCUGUGUGCAGCUUUAGAGAGGAAGCGACCAGAUGCCUUCCGUCAUGUGGCGAGACAAGCGACAAGAGCGCCUACAGCCAUGCUGCGAUCCGAUACCGCAUUAGCCGAACUGUCACUAGCACUAGCUAGGCGAAUCACCAGGGAGAAUAUCACGUGGUCUAAGAUAGCAGCUGUAUAUUGCGUCUGUGGGGCAUUAGCCCGUGAAGCAGCUGAAGCUGUAGAUGAAGAACCCGCCCUCGAGUUGGUAGCGGCGCCGGCAGCUGCCAUUGCUGACCUUUUGCACGAGGAAACUGGCUCCUGGAUAUCUUCUAAUGGUGGAUGGAAUGGGUUGAUAGAACGACUACGUGCCAGUGAGUGUGACCAAAGAUCUGAGAAGCAUCUACAAAUGUUGGUUACGUUUUUUGUCGUAACAUGCUUUGUGCUUCUUUUUCUAAGAUGGGUCCUACAUUUACAUCCCGCUUAUUAUGAUAAUCAUAACCAGACGUAAUAUCUUUGUCAAUUCUAGAAAGGGAACCACUUUGGAUUGUAGUCACACCUAUAUACGAGGUGGAAUCGUAUUCAUAUCGUUUUAAAAGAGUAUUCUACUACUGAUACAUUUUAUAAAAUAAAUGUAAUAUUUAAAAUACCUACGACAACAAAAUUAUAAACCGUGUUAUAGGACUACCUUUAUACAAAUGUAAUAUGACGUGUUUAAACUUUUGUUUUUUCUGUCGCUUUAAAACAUAAAUUUAAAAAAAUAAAAUCUAUUUCAUGUGCAAAGCAAAUUCUAAUUGCAUAGUAAUAUAUCUUUAAUUUUAAUAUACGAAUAUGGCUGAUGUAAAAAUAAAGAUUGCUCUUGUUUCCUAAUGUUCAUAAACUUAAUGUAUCCGAUUCAUACAAAUAGAACCUUACCUGCAUCUAUCGUUACGAAACACAAAAUAUCAUGAAAUUACGUAUGAUUUAUCGCAAAAUUUUAUCAUGCUAAUAUAACUAUUGACAUUUUCAUUAAUUACUGCGCAAAAAUACAAAUUAUGUCGCAGCUAGCAACAUAUUUUUCUUCUAAUUCAAUUCUAAUGAUUAUUCAUUAUAAUUCUUCGAAAAUAUCUAAAUCCUACACGUAUUCUAAUCAUUUAGUCAGUCAGAAACUAACAGACUAAAUGAACAGUCCUAAUCUAACUAAUAAUUAUGCAAUAACUAGCGUAUUAAAAUUCUUUAUACCUUAUUGUGUGCAGUACAAAUUUAGCAACAAUAAACGAUAAUGGUUGAUCAUGUAUCACGUCUACUUGUAUUUAUUAAGUCAUUACACGAAUUUUUGUGAGGAUUGACAUAGGUACAGCUCUAGCAUAACACUUAAAUUGUAUGACGAAGUUAAAAAAUAACUAGCAGUACAUAAAAAAAAUAUUCCUUUUAAUGGCAGUAUGUUAUAAUUAUCUUUAUGUUGUUUAAAUGAGUGUGAUUUAUAUAUCAAUUAUUCAAAAAAUACAUUUUAUUUACAAUAGAUUAUAACAUUAUUAGUAUCUUACUAAAACGUCACAAUAUCAAUUAAUUCACAUUGUAAUAUUUUUAUUAAGUAAUUAUUUAUUAUAAUAUACCAAUACCUAUUUAUAUUUACAUACAGUAACUUUUAUGUACUUAGAUAUACAUUUGAGGUAGGUAGGUAUACGUAUAAAUACUAAAGAAACAAUUGUACUUACUAGUUUAAUUUUAAGGAAAGUGCUUCAUCAAACUUCUUAGAGGUAAAUACCAUAACAAUGUUAGUUUGGUAAUAGAAGUACCCAGUACCUACUACUUUUCCUAAGGUUUGGAUUAAUUUGUGAAUAUAAUCAUGGCCACAAACUAUAUAAAGACCUUGUCAUGUAAGACAAAUAAAUAGCUAAGUAUUGACAAUUCUAUAUAUGUACCUAAAGUAAGUAAAGUUAUUGUAAGUAUUUAUUAAUUAUUAAAGUGUUAUCAACAUA